GAGCGCGCCAUUGGGUGGGUGUUUGUCGGGCGGUGUCCAAGUCCAGAGAGUUGGUUAUACUCCCGGUGUAAGGAGUCGAGGCCCCCCGGGGACAGGUGAGGGAACAAGGGUUAAAGAAACGAGAAAACAUGGGAAUCGGAGUGUAAAUGAAUGACUGUAUGGGGAAGAUGCCAGAUGUUACAAUAGGAAGGAUACUUAAAAAUAACAAACAACUAGUUAAACCCUAAUGUAAGCUCAGUGUUUAUGCAGCAGAACUGAUAUGUGACUAAUGAAUACUUAGCCUUGCACUAUAUUACACACUGAGAGGAUUUGUAAGUUCUUUGGAUGUUGUUAAUCUUUAUUUCAGUUGUGCUGAGAGUGAAUGAAAUAAAACUCUUGCCAAUGAGAAGUAAGGGUAACAAUGUAUUAAGAGCUGAACUAGUUAUUAAAGGGUUACUCCAAGCACCAUGACCACCAUAGUGAAUUGAAGUGGUCAUGGUGUCUUGAGUGUGUGUGUGUGUGUGUGUGUGUGUGUAAAUAUAUAUAGAGCAUUUCAGUAUGCAACAUAAAGAGUUAACCAUAUUUGCUGCCAGUGGUGUAACUCAUUGGGGUGAUAUUAGACUUGGCAAAUAGUUUUGGACUGGCUAAUGUCAACUAUGUGCAAACUUUCAGCUGACACUCUCAUCGAAUGGUGACUAGAUUGGUUGUAAGUACCCCUAUCACAGGGGAAGGUAGCAUUGGAGCCUGUGGGGACCCAGACAGGAGGACACACCCUUAAUAACUAUUUUGCCCUAUUAGCUGGCAUGUGUACUAGGGUACUCAUGCUGCGGUGUUCAUGAUGCUUGUAGAAACCCUUUAAUUGCAUUUAUUGUAUACUUAGGAAUAAAACACAGGAGUUUAUUCACUUAACACUGAGUUAUAGUGCGUUGAAAUCCAAAUUAAAAGUAGAGGCUACUGAAGCAUUGAUUGCCAGAAAUAAAAAAGUUUAGGCAUAUAUUAGUGUUUGUGGCUUAGCUUUUAUUUCCUAAAAGUUCCAAUUUUCUUUAUAUUCUAACAAAUUAUACUUGAUUGAAUAAUUCACUAAAUUCUUAACGUUUUGCCAAGUUUUACCAACUUCUGGCUUGUACAUAAGACUAAGUAGUAUCUUGACUUCAUUAUCAUCAUUUUAAUGAAAUUUCAACACACCCAUUAUGAAUAUUUUUUUCAAGGUAAUAUGUUUUAUAUACAUCCUUAAAAUCAUGGAUAACCAUUGCUUUUCUCUAGCUGGUGAUAUAUUUUGAAAACAUUCCUAUUUUAAUAUGCAUUGAGACUGUUUAUGCCCACAAACCUAGUCAAUGGUCAGUUUCUUAAAAUUUAAUUUUAUAAAAUACAAAUGAAAACCUUUUAUACCCUGCUUAGAUUGACAUGUAAUGGGUAAGGAUAUAUGUGUGUAUUAAACUUGUAAAUUUUAGGAAUACAGUACACUGUUUACAUUGUGUGAAUUUGCUCAGUGGCUCAUAAAACAGUUUAAGCAAGGGGUAGGCAACCUUUUAGUAGUACUGUGCCAAAACAAGAUCUUGAAGUCUCUUGGCGUGUCGAUCCUGACUUUUUAAAUUGAGGUGUGUUUGUGUUUGUUGCCGUAUUGUUCUUGUGCUACUUAUAGGUGCUGCGGUUGAUUUGUAAUGUUGUAUUUGUGUGUAUGUGGGCUGUUACAUGUGUAUGUUCAUGAGAAGCUUGUGGUAUUGUAUAUGAUGCCUAGGAAUUUGCACUGUAUAUUGGGACUGCUUGUGGAAUUGCGUGUGAGAGGCUGUCUGUGGGGUUGUGUGAGUGUAUGUGGUUUGUCAAUGGUGUUUGUGGGCACUGUGUGUGCAUUUGUGUAUGGUCUGUUUUUAUUAUUUGUAUAAGGAAGAGGCUUCUUCUGAAGCUCUUUUGGACCGGGCUGUACAGUUACUGGUCAAGGGAGGAGCUAAGAUGGAGAAGCUGUGAUAACUGCUGUGGACUACUCUACUCCAGAGCAGAUUUCCAUUCACAAGAGCUUGGAGGAAAUGAUAUGAGAUUGCUGCAAUGUAUAGAUUGAGUAUUGUCCCUCACUACCUGCAAUCACAGGUCAGGUUGCACUAGCACUAUCUGAAGUCCCAGACCAGAACCUGUUUGUAUCUGGCAGCCUUGAGUGCCGUUCAAAGGCACCUCGAGUGCCAUGCAUGGCACAUGUGCCUUAGGUUGCUGACCCUUGGUUUAAGCUAUUGCUUUGUGUAUAUAAUUGUUUUUCGAAGUUAGCAUCUUAUAUCAGCAAACCUAACCACAGACUGGUCAUGUGGGGUAUUCACAAAGUUUAUAUGGAAGAAUAGAUUACUUAGAUUAGAGUAUUACUCCAAGUACCGUGACCACUUCAGUGACUUGAAGUGGACAAGGUGUUUGGUUUCUGACAUUGCCAGAGGCAGAACUGGAGGCUGCAGGUUAGGCGUUCCAGUGCUGGAAAGGAGGUGAGCAAUCAAUAAGUUGUUUCAUUUUUUUUUUUUAAAGCCAUAUGGGUGGACCGAGAGAAACCUAUAGUCCCAAAAUAAAGAUUAUUUUUAGGAAUAUAGGUUCCCUUUAAAACACUGUUUUUGGUUGGCUUACCCUCUAAAUAUUGUGUGCAAGGUUUUUUUUCUCCCCAUAAAAUAUAUAUUUAUGCAUGUAUUUAUCAUCAUACUAUUUUAUACACGUAAUAAACAUUCCACAGAGCUUUGCAAUGGUAAAUUAUACAUAUUAGUGGCUAUGACAAAACAAGUUGAACCAAUUGGAAUGCGAGGUAGUGAUUAUCCUGCUCCUUAUUUGCAUAUUCUGUGUGUGAAUAGUUUAAUAAGUACAUAUAUUAAAUUGACAAGGUUUCCUGUGCCAGUGCUGCACGUCUGGUUUACGUAAUCAAAAUACCUGACCAGUGCUCUUUACUAUAUUAAACUGAAUGCCAAAGUCAUUGUGCUACUGCCCUAGAAAGAGAUGAGUCUCCUGUUAACCAAAGCUAACUUGGAUUAGAUAUUAUUGGCUUACAUAGGGAUUUAAUAUUAAAAAGGUUGACAUCAAAAAGCAUUAUUAUAGGGACAAUAAAACCAAAGAUAUUACAAAAUAAAAUCUAUAAAAAAUAAUAUAGAAACAUGUAGAUGCCGCCACUUCCAAAAAUCGAUGGUGCUGUCAGUAAUAACAAACAAAAGAUCAUAUUGAAGGGCACAAAAGUAAAAGAUAGUUGAUAGGUUGAAAAUAUAUUCUUGUAGUAUAAAAUUAGCAACGCAUUUAUAAGCGGUGAAUGCUUAUUAAUGCAGGUAUACGGCUAUCACUGGAAAACAUGCAAUACAGUAAUCCGACCGUUAAAACACCUUAGUGUUGAAAAUCCACAAAUAAAAAUUAAGUCCAAAUGGACACUUGGGGCAUAAUAGUUUAAACACCAGUGCAGAUCAAAUGUAGAGUACCUCAAGUGCAAAUCACCCUAUAGCUUGGCCCAAACUUCUGAAUUGGCAGAUCACGUGAGCAGCGGCAAACACAUGACCGCAAGUAGUAAUAUAGGUUGUAAUAUAAAACAUGACGUCCCAGGAGAGUCUUUGUCAGGGAUUCAAAAUCCAACAGAUACAAGUGCCGUAUGUUCACUAAUACAGUCUACUCACUUUGUUCAUCAAUGCCGUGAUCUUUGUCAAGACACCAUUAUUGACCCUUGCCUGAUCACUUCUGAAGCUGUUCAUAGUGACAAGCGUUACCGGUCAUCAAUCAGCUAGUUUUACAGCUAGUCAAGGUAGGGUUAUGGCUAUCCAUGGUUAGCUAGUGCUAUGGCUAGUAAGAUUUAGUUAGGGUUACAGCUAGUAAUGCUUUGGGUUCGGUAGUGUUAGCUAAGGUUAAACAUAACAGUCAAACUUUGUCACUAAUUAGUAUAGUGACACAGAGUAUCACUUCCUCAAACUUCUCUGGAAAGCAAAGAGUCACAUCAUCUCAUGUCUAAUUUGACCCUAUAUGUUUUGCUCUGUAGAUAAAGCAGAAUAUCUGGGGAUUUUUUAACUAUUUAACUAGUAGGACACACAAGGCCUAAGAUAUUUAUCAUUAAAAUACUAUAUCUAUGUUCCCAGAAAUUGGUGAUAAAAUGGCAUAGUACUAAGGCUGUCUUUAAAUAGCCUAAAGGGAAACUAUAGUGCUAGGAAUCCAAAGUUGUCUUAAGGGGACAGGGGCACUGUACCCGGACAAUUUCAAUGAGAUGAACUGGUCUGGGUGCCUAUAGUGUCCCUUUAGUUGUCUACUUUGCAAACGAUAUAACAGAGAAGACCUGGGUAGAAUAUUUAUCUUUCAAUUCUCACAUUAGUGGAUAACCCUAUAAGGGUUUGUUUGGCAGCUGGAAGGGUUUUCUUCCUCACACAAUUUGAAGUGUAGUACAAAGAUUAAGUGCUUCCUAGAGGGAAACAUUGGUACAGAUCAUGGUGAAUGUGGUGUAUACAAUGUGUCUCCAUGCUUCUCUAUGAGAAGCAUUUAGUUGGACAUUUGUGAUGAUGAUUUGACAGGAAGCAGUUCUGAGUUGCAGUGCUAACACUCUCCAGUCCCAGAAUGAAGGUUAGUUUACGUGUAUAUUUCAAGAUGUUAAAAAAAUAAAAUAAAAAAAGGUAUGGUAAGCCCUAGUCUGCAUCACAAAAUAACUUGAUGAGAUUCAGUAAUUCAGGAGUUCUGGAGAAGUGACACAUAAACUAGAAAAUUAAAUCAUAAUUUUGUUUUUGUUCAUUUUUUUUUUUUUUUUUUUUUACUCAGAAUUGCAAUGUUGGCCUAAAACUGCAAUAUUCUCAAUUUAGUGAAUACUAAAGAGUGUGUUUUAGAGAAGGUAAUAAUAUAUAACCUGGGAUUUUUUUUUUAAACACAGACCGAACACUAAUGGAUGAAUGAAAACCACCCCAAUUAAUCAAAUGACAGAUUAUUGACCUGCUCUUCUAGUACUCUUUAUGUCAUAGGUGCUGGGAAUCUUGCAGUUGCUGUAGUGUAUAUAGUAUGAAAUAUUUCUUCUUUUAGCUUACACUUGAUAUAGAGAAAUGUCCUGGUUUGCAAAUCUAGCUGUUCACUGCAGACAUAGGCAUUUUCUAAACGGCUAAGUUCAGGCAGACAGAGAAAGAUUCAUGACCUGAAGCAAAAAUUCUUUAGUGUACAAGUCAGGCAUUUGAUCUGUGGAGUUAGUACUUUAAUGUAUACAUUUAGACCAAAUACUCCUCUGAGGGUACAAAACAAAAAAAUCCUAUAUGGUAUCAAUGCAAUCAAUAAUGUCCUGUAUUUAACAAUUUUCACAAGUGUUCAGAUAUUUGUAAGCUAAUGAGAGAGUACUACUAAACCUUUACAACCCGUCAUAGGUUUUUGUGUAGGUUACAUAGACGUCUGGCUCAUAAAUGCUUCAAUACCAUUUUUAAAUCUUCGUGUAUAAAGGUGGAUUUCUAUUUUAUACACCCUUUUAUCACUAUCUUAUACUCCCAUAUCUCAACCUUAAAAAAAAAAUAAAAAUAAAAAAAUACUUCAUUCCUUUUCUUAUGUGGGUGCUACACCAUCCCUAUUUUUCACAUUUUCAUUUCAGUUUCAUGUAUUAGUAGUUUUCUCAUUUCAUAUUGCAUAGUUACAUAGGCUUAAAAAAAGUCCAUCAAGUUCAACUUUUCCAACAUCUGUUUCUACUGUUGAUCUAAAAAAAUCCAGUUUGAAGUGCUAUCGAAUUUUAAUACAAACUAGGAAUAAAUUAUUUCUCAACCCCAAAAUAGCAGUCUGAUCUCUCCUUGGCUCAAGCAGCUGUUACCCUACAUAUUUAAUUUUCAGUCACUGAAUAUUAUUUUUUUUGCAAGAAUUUAUCCAUUUGUUUUAAAAAUAAACCGGUAUAGACUCUGAUAAAACCACAUACUCGGAUGAAAGUACCACAUUUUUAUUGUUCUUACUGUAAAGCAGGACUUGACAAAUCCCAGACGCAAGGUCUCUGUCUCUCUGAAAUGAACUGUAAUUACUUCCUCCAGAGCAUAUAGGGGACACUUUAGUGUCCAUUUGAGUGACUGCCACUCCUAAGUGGACUUUUUUUUUUUUUUUUUUUUCCUAAACUUAACAGAUUUAAAUUUGAUCACAUUUCUUAAAAAUCUUCCAUUCUUCCUAUUAAUUUUGUAGCCUGUCUCAGCCUUUUCUAGUGUUCUAAGAUCCUUCCUUAGGACAUGUGUCAAAAUUUGCACAACAUAUUCAAUGUAUGGUUUUACCAUGGAUUUAUAAAGAGGCAAAAUGAUGUGCCCCUUUUAUACAUGACAAUACCUUACUUACCUUGCUGAUUGACACUGAAUUUGUUUAGUUUGUUUAUAACUAUUCUAAAAUCCUUCUCAUGUGUUGCAUGAGUGUAACUCACUACCAUUUACAAUGGAAAAGUCAAGACACUUUUUUUUAGCCCGGAGGAACCACACUUUUUAAUUUCUUGGUGGAGAAGAAACCACCUACGCUACACAGGAUUGAGCAAAAACCUAUUUUUUUUUCUCUCCUUAUGUGAGGUAUACCAACUUUUAUUUUGACUUUACAACAACCAAACAGAGAACACAGUUUAUUUUUUUUUUAUUCUCAUUUUAUGUAAUUGGUGAAUAUCAGUGACACUGCAAUUUAGAGGGAAAUACCCGUGAACGCUUGACACUUGAAGUGUCCCUUGAUCCUGACCUACCAUCUAAAAGGAACCAAGCUGAGCGACAUAUCCACAGACGGGGAUCAUACCGCCCAGACGCAUAUAUCUGGAUCUGAACAUUUUGUAAGUGGCAUUUCUUAUUUUACCUCGCCACCUAUAGAAUAUACUACACUAUAGUCUAUAUUCUGUCUUCAUAUUUUCCAUACUUACUCACCACCAUCAGGACACCCAGAAGGCGCUGCUACCCUGCACCCUUUCUUGACCUAUACCUAGUUACGGUCAGAUAGAAGAGACUCUGGUUUCGGAAAUACCAGCUGCCAUUCUCGGAUCUAAAAAGCGCUAGUAACCUUACCAUCGCACAUACUAAAAAUCGCAUGACCAAUGCAUUGAAAUUAGUGCUGGACAACUAGCAAAGCCCCAGCACCUAUCCAAAUGGCAUUGUGGCAUGGUGAGUAACACUCCAUGGUUUGGUCAUACCCUUGGGAUGUCUCGAGCACCAGUUUCAAUGGUUGCAUUGGAUCCCUUUAGAUCCACAGUGGUUGAUUUGGAUCCCUUCAUUGGCAGUGUUCUCAAUAGAAUUAAAAUGCUGUAUGCGGUGCUGACUUUCAGCACUGCGUGCAGCUCAUCAAAAGGUCUGGGGCAACCAAUUGUAAUCUCAGCUAACCGAGGGGAAACACAGAUAUCAAAUGAUACCUGAGGUUACCAGCAGAGAAUUAUUCUGUCAUAGGCCAUUGAGAGAAGGGCAACCUUCAGAAUUAUUUUGAAUUACAGAAUUAUUUUGUCAUGCAUCCUUAAAGGGUUGAUAUAUUUGCAAUACUAUCAAAGGUUUCUUCUCGCCGCCGCUCCUCCCAGUCAUUACGCGCAUGCGCAUUAGAGCAUUGCUUUCCUAUGGGGAAUUAAGAGACGCUGGAGGUCCUCACAUAGCGUGAGGACGUCCAGCGACGCUCUAGCAGGAAGUGGCUUUCUAGUAGACAGCCACAAGAGGUGGCGUUAACCAUGCAAGGUAAUUAUACCCUGCAAAUUACACUUGCAGGGUUAAGGCUAGUGGGAGUUUGCACCUAGACCACUCCAAUGGGCAGAAGCGGUCUGGGUGCCUGGAGUGUCCCUUUUAAUGUGGGGGGAAAAACCUUUUAAACCGUUGCAAUAUUAAAAUGUGAAAGAGAAAAAGGAAUGCAAUUUAUAGACAAUAGUGGACCUAUUACCACACACGGUUAUUCAGCUGCUUUUAAAUGUGGUGUGAAGCUAAUGGCUAAAUCCUCAUAAAAAUAUGUUCAUUUUGUACAACACCAUUAGCAUGUCAUGUAAUCCCAAAGAAUUCCAGUAUAUAAGAAUCUUGUGUUAACGUGUGUGUCAGUGUUUGCCUUUAUUUUUCUUACAUGAUGGCAUUUUUAUUUGCUGGAAUUUGUCUGCAUCAGUCACCAUGCCUAUCAAAGGCAUUGCCACACACUGCCCCUGAUCCACACAGAGCAAGAAGGCAAAAUAUAACGACUGCUGCAAAUGAUGAUUGUGUUUACCGUGGCAUUAUUGUUGCACAGAUAUGCAUUGACGCAGGCGAAAAACACUGUCAAAAUAUACCCCUUACUAAUUCGGUGUGGCAGGGUUCGGGGCAGCUGAAAACAGGCCACUGUGCCUGGAACUUAUCAUGGCAUUCUUUGUUAAAUAGAAAUUAACAGGGCGUAUUGGUACAUCUAGCUGCAGGUCACAGGUGAGAUACAUUUGCAGAAGGCCAAAUGUUUGACUCAUUUACUAUAGAACUUUUAGAGAAGCAACAAGGGGUGGUUUAUUUAUUUAUUUUUACUCUGUAGCAGCAUGUAUUCGUGAAAAGUAGAGAAAGCAAAGCUGACCCAGUAUGUCAUAGAUGAUUCUUGGAUAAUAUAGCUGUUUUUUUUAAGAAUGUUAAAUUGCAAAAUCUAGCCUAAAACAGAUACUUGCAAUGUCCUUUAUUAUAGCACUAUACUUGUGGUUCCAAAUUGUGUGACCGUUCAAUGAAGAAUAGUGGACAAUUGUGGGGGUAUUGUAUGUAACCUGUAAAUCUUCUUCUGAAUACAUUCAGAAUUAGAGUGAACAUUGUAUACCAUGUAAUAUGUAUGAUUAUUUACAUUGUUUUGCCUGUAAUAUGCAUUUAUAAUCACUACUACCCUGAUUUAUAAAUUGUCACAUUAUUCUAAGGCACUCUACAGUGGCUAUAUAGUGUUCAGCACUAACCAUAUUGAAUACAGAACAGGUUAAGCAAAGAAUAUGAAUCCUUUGAACAGACACAUUGUAUAGAGUAAAGAGGAAUUUAGACCUCAUUUGCUACAAGUCCAGAAUAACAAGAUGAGUCAUGAAUCCUGUAGUGUCAAGACAAUCUUGAAAUAUUGAGAAUUGAUUAUUUUGUACUUGUGGAGAUUUGGGAGUAAACCUGGAACGCAGUUUGUGAGUGUGUAUGUUGAAAGGUAAGGGUAGUGUGUGCCCGCGCGAGCAUAGAGGAGAAAAACUGUACUUCGGUUCAAUUUAUUGUGCUAGUGUACACACAGCUGGAUAAUCCACAUCAACUGAGCCAACAUGGUUUUAUACACACAGAAAAAUGCAGGGUCGUUAAGCUUAGACUGUAGUUCAGAGAGAAAAUGUUUCCUUCAUAGUUUACAGUGAAAUGCAGUUAUGGUUGCCAAGAUCAUGGACUCAUGAUUUGGUGCCACAUGAUAUGCGUUGAGGAAGUGACCAGAUGUGAUGCACAAUGUGGCCUUGGCUCCAGAGGAACUGGGAGGCGGGUGGAGAGAUUUUGGUUGUUUAGGGAGGGGUUGCUGAGAACACAUUUUCUUGCUUUUCUCUCUCCAGCUAGGGAUUGCAAACUGCAAUGUACAAUGUCAGAUUCUUCUUUCUUUCUAAAAUUACACAGGUGCUGUCAUAUUGCAAUUACCGAUCUCUCUGUCUUGAGUCUCCUAUGUUCUUUACAUCACCUAUCUGAAUAUUCAAAUUAUUGAUUUAAUUACACAUAGUAUUAUGUAUACACACCUGUGACUUUUUGUGUGUUUAAUAUUUAGUACACAUACAUAUAGGAUUGCAUCGUAGAAGGAGGGAGGUGCAGAGUUUGCCUGGAGUUACUGACAACCCUUGGUGAUGAAGGGGUUACAGCUGCAGUAUCUAACUGCAGGCUUUGAGCUGUAACCAAUGAAAUGUGGAGAAGGGGUGUGCCAGCCUCUCACACCUGGCUCUCUUGGCAGCUCUCUGUCCCUUUACUAAUCCCUCCAGGGCCUGCAGCCUCCUGCCUGCUUGAUCAGGCCAGCACUAGCCUCUGUUGUGGGAGGAAAUAGAUUUGGAAUUCUAUGACUGAACGCCUGUGCAUAUGUGAAUUGGAAAAAAAAAAAUAUAUAUAUAAAAAAAUAUAUAUAUAUAAAUAUGGCAGAAAGAAUGGCAAAUAGGUCAUGUUCUGUUCAAUGUAAAUAAUGUUGACUCUGAGCAUGAUUCAAACCUUUUGAAGUAAAGAUUCCCUAAAUAAAAUUUUAUCCGCAUAAGCCAUCUUCUGCUUGUAUGUGGAUGACUUUCAUUCUAAUGUAUGUAUCACAGAGGUGAUCUGCCAAGCCCUGAGGCUGCUCCACAUAUCGUGUGGGUAGUUUUACCUAUACUGGUAUGAUUUAUAGUCAUCAAGAUGUCUGAGGUCUUUCUAAAGUUAUGAAGUAGAAAGCCGCACUCAUUGUGUUUAUAUUUGAGACAUGAAAAGUUCUUCCACUAAAGAGCCGGCCACCUAUGUGAGAGUUUCAUGUACACAGAUUUAAUGAAUAAAAGAUGCCUUUUGAUUAUUGGUAAUCAAUACAUUUACAGGGUUUAACCCCUUAAGGACACAGGACAUGUGUGAAAUGUCAUGAUUCCCUUUUAUUCCAGAAGUUUGGCCCUUAAGGGGUUAAACUUAAAAUUCACUUUUAAUUAUCACUUUGUUGAAUCACCAUGUAUGAAUUAGUAUAUAUCCGUUUGAAGAACACUGGAUUAGGUGAAUUUUGUUUUAAGCUUCAUAGGGGAAUAUUUGUAAUUGAUAUUUAAUGGUUUUCUUAAAGGGUUUCUCUUUUUUUUUUUUUUUUUUCAAUUUUUUUUUUAAUCUAGAAUGUCCUAUUUGACAUUACUCGGUUCCCCCAAUAAAAACCUGCAAAAUAAAGCCGUAACUUAUCUGAAAUCCAGGUCUAGGCAAAGCUCCCUGUUUUGUCUACUUGUCCAAUAACGCUAUUGCCCUCAUGAAGUCCAAUCAUGCUUAAAAAAAAAUAAAGGUUUUACCGCACUCAAAUAAGGCUUGAAAUGCUUAAAUGAGAAUAAAAUUUUUUUUUAUUAAUUCAUUGGUUAAAAUCCUAAAUCACGUUAUUAAAAAAAAAAAAAGGGAACACAAAUAGGCAUCACACCCAUCGUUAUACAUAACACUAUAUAGUUCCAAUGGUGAAAUGAAAUUCAUAUACCAAAACCUCCCUCUAUUACUCCUAUCCAAGACAAAAAAUUGAUAGAUAUAACCAUGGUUCCCAAACUUUUUUUUUUUUUUUUUUGAAGUUCAAGGUGCCCUUAAUAUUUCUAUGUUGCAUAUCUGUACAGCGCUGCGGCAUUUACUGGCGCUAUAGUGUAAUGUAGUGUUGGUGUUUGAAGGGGUGCUUGCAUAUAGUUAUUGUGUUUGUAUGUGAUGUUUGAUUGCAGGGGUGUGUCUAAAUGAUGUAAUGUUCACUUUUAAAUGUGGAUGUACAUUUGUGUGAUGUGUUUGAGUGAAGUGGUGUAUUUAUUUUUUUUAGUUUGAAUGCAGGGGUGUAUGUAAUAUUUGAGUUAGAUUGCAUGAGUGUGCUUGUAUGUUGUGCUGGUGUUUUGACUACUUGGAUGUAUGCAUAUACACUACCACAUAUAUUCAUGCACAAUAACACACAGAUGCAUAUAAAUACACCGACACAUAUACACACACAGACGCACACUGACAUAUACUCGCUCACACAUACUCGCGCACACUCUCAAACUCAUACACAUACUCGCACACAUACAAGUGAUUUUUUUUUUUUAUAUCUGUUAGCUUACCUUAUGUGCCAGGAGGGUGACUUCGAGUCCAGCUGCUGCUGUGUGAGUGAGGGGUCUGGAGCUCUUCAUGCUCCUCUCCCCCCACGCUGGGGCUGCCUCCACCCGCGCUGUCUCCCUGUCAUUUCCUCCCAGCCAGUCGACAUUACGGGGGUCCGGUUGCGGUCGCAAAAAAAAUAGAAAAAAUGAAAAAGGAUUAACAAUGUCCAGUAAAGAGACCAUUAAGGAUGGAAAAAAUCGUGUAUAUACAAAGUCCACUCUUGCGUGUAAGAAAAAAAAUAAAAGGAACAAAAAGAUAACAUGUAAUUAGUUGGAUCUCACCAUGAGCAGUGAUCUAUCUUGGUAAAGAGGUCUUUAAUGCAUGCUGCACUGAUGGUUCAAAAAGUAUUCCAACUAGGUGUACACAAAUGUCCAGUAAAUCCUCUAAUGUACUUGUAUGUAGGUAUAGAGUUGGUUACUGACCGUCUCCUUCGUAGGAAAGUAUUGGGAUGGUAGCUGACACUCUCCUUUACGGAUAUCCUGGGCUGUGCGCUUGGGACAGCGAUGCCCAUUUGAAGAAUGAUUUACUGGACUUUUCGGUGUACUCCUAGUUGGAAUACUUUUUUGAACCAGAGCGCAUGUACAUGGGAGAGCGUGUGGGGGUGAACAAGGGAGGGUAUAAUAAAUAAAUAAAAUUAACUGAGGGGAUUAUUAAAAAUUAUAAGCAGACAGCAGAGAGGGUUCAAUUAUGAGAAGAGGAGAUAUAGGGUUACCCUCGCAGGCUCCUUCCCAUCGCUUCCUUCAAGGAUAGAAGUUGAACGUCUGACAACAGAUGUGUUUUAUGUACAGAUUUAACAUUAGGCAACCUGGAAAAAUAGUAGAAAAGAGUAGCCCGUGGGCCAAAGCCCAGAGGACACUUGGAAGUCCCUGUAAGUCUGUAUAGUUACAUCUCUAAAAAUAAAUGUUAACAGAAAUAAUAAACAUAAAUAACAUAUUUACACAAAGAUAUCCCACAUAAAUUCGUAAACGGUAGGACAUAAUGAAAAUGGUUCAUGUUUGUGUAAAUAUUUUAUUUUUUGUUUUUCUGUUAUCAUUUUAUUUUUAGAGAGAUAUUAAAUAAAUUGUAAUUUUAGACCAUACAGUAGUGUCGUCUGGGCUUUGGCGCACAGGCUACUCUUUUCUACAAGCUUACUAUUUGAGGGUUACCCCCUAUUUUGUCCCUGAAAACACACUCUAAAUCCCUCCUUGGGAACUAGGUAUUUUCUUUCAUUGUCAACCUGGAAAAAUCUUCCAGUCUGUCUAAGACACGUGUGCAGGGGUGGCAACUAUCCACGAACAAAAAAUGAGAAUACAUCUCUGUAUGUGCAGCGCUUCAAGCAGAAACUGUUCACAUGCAGAUUCCUCCCACCAUCACCACUUCUAAAAGCAGAAGUGGUCAUGGUGGUUGAAGUAACCCUUUAAAGACCAGGGAUGUUAUAUUACAUCACAGCAAACCAGCCUUUAAAGAUCCUGUACCAAAAUGACCCACUCAUUUAAUGAAUGUGCAGGGCUAAAUUACCAAAGCAUUCCAAAUCUUUAUAAGCUCAGAAGUGACAGAGCUGCUUUAAAGGAAUUUUCAAUGUGGUCCAAAUUGCAGGUUGAGUGAUACCAUUUUGGGAGGAACAAGGGCCUUAUUAGGCCUAAGGGUACUUGGGUUUGCAUUCCUGAUUGAAUGCAACUGUAGGUUAGUAAAAACUGAAAUGGCUGAUUCUCUGUUCCUGUACACAAUGUAGAACAUUGAACUCUUGUAGAGAAAUGCACAUGGACAAUAACAUAAUAAUUUUUUUUUUUUUUCUUAUAAAUCUGUUUUGCACAAAGAAAAAUGUCACAUAACAGAUCAUAGCAAGGUAUUAUCAUGUGCAUGUCUCCUUAUUCGUUGCAAAUAUUCCAGGCAUGUCACACCAACCAUACCUUUUAUAACCGGUAUAUAGUCUAUUCUUUCUAAUUAAAUAAAUGGUCUGUUUGAUCUGAGUAAAUAUACAGUCGUGGAUAGGAAGAGACAAUGAAGGCUAUCUGUCUCUCCAUGCUAAUCCUCAUAGCUCAUGUCACACCAUUCCAAGUUAAACCAUCUUCGAGCACUUUAACACUGAAUGAGGGCCCCUGGCCACCCUCAGCCUGGAUUCCACUGGAGGUUUGGCUAAGACAGAGAUUGCACACUUCCUUCUAGCCAUACUGAUUCAUACCCACAAUGGCCACUGCGAUAAGCUGAAAGCGGUCAGCUUACACUCUCAGCCAAUCACAGCUACGUACUGAUGGCCUGGCUAAUGUUUCCUCAUUACUCAAGAAGCACAGAGAGAAUGAGCUGAUGGGAACUCUUGUUUAGUAUUAACACAUUAAAAACGGUUUGAUGCUGAAUGCAAGAACAGCACUCAGGGACUCCAGACACUAUAACCACUUCAGUUAGGUAGUGUUACAGUGCCUAUAGUGUCCCUUUCAUUUAAUGUUCAGAUUCUUUAUGAAGUACUAAAUUAUCCACCAUGAAUAAAAAAAAUAACUUAAUAAAAGUAGUGAUGUAAAAAUAAUUAUAAAAAGCAUUUUUUUUUUUUUUUUUUUAGCCUUUACUUGCACGGUGUGUGCAUUUGUAUGUCUUUGUAUGUACUGUGUGUCUUUUCUAUUUGUAUGUAUAGCAGAUUUUCAGGUAGCUCUAUAUACAGCAAAUGGUUAAAGCUGUGACUUAAAGUGCAUGAUGGGAAUUACUAAUUAAGGAUGUCCAGCAGAGACUCUCCUCUCCUCCCUCCUCUUUGCUAGAACAUUACAUCCUCCUGUCUAUCUGCAGAGCUAUCCAGAACAUUCUGCUCAUCUGCACCACCACUUCUUAUCUUUGAAUUGCCCAGUUAUACACACUAUAUAGCAGUUUUCUUUAUUGGUGAAUAUCUCUGCAGCAACUUCAUUAUGUGCAAUUUUGAAAGCAACAUCUUUUAGCAAGCAGCAUUAUGUUAUUUAGCAGUGCACGCAAAGACUAUUGAAAUUAUACUUUGAAAACAAACUGACUGGUGAGCUAAGGGUUAAGCUUGCAAUGUGUGUUGAGGAGAUGAGGUGAAACAGAUGUAAGUUUAAGAUUAUGUAGUCAGAUGCAGCUGAGUAGCAUGUCCCAUGGUAUGCAUUAUCUGUGCAUAGAUAGUUUCUCUCUGUGCAUGGAGGCUUGUUCAUUAUCAUUGGGUACUACUGUUCAGUAUACAAAAACUUUCUCCUCGGUGUAUAGGCAUUCCUCAUUAUUUAAUGAUGCACAGUUAUUGACUGUGUCUUAUUUCAGUAUGUUAGAGGCACAGUGUGUUUUAUUUUCUUUAUUGUUAUGAAUAGCUAUAGUUCAUUCCAUAGAGGCAUGUUUCCUGCUUAUCCGACCGCCUGCAGUCUCCCUUCCAUGUAUUCGGUAUGUUCUUCACUGCCACAUGUGCCUGCUUUUUUGUCUUCCUAGUAUUUGAUCAUUUCCAUGCCUAUUGUCCGAGAUCUAUAUUACUUUGUCAUUGUGAGCUACCUUACAAUACAUGGUCGUCUUAUUUAUUCUAAGUCUGUAUACCUAACUCAUCAGUUUUUCUGCAAGUGUAAUUCUUAUCUCCCAUCUUUGUUUUUCCUUAGGAUGCCGCUUGUUGCCCGCUCCAUUGAGCCACGCCACCUGUGCCGGCAGAAACUGCCUCCUGCCCGCAAUGAAUUGGAGUGUAUGACCAACAUCACUCUGUCCAAUGUCAUCAGACAGCUGGGUAGUCUCAGUGAGUGAAAAAUCUAGUGACCAAUUUAUAUUUUAAUCACACUGUAUUGUGAAUUGCUGGCUUAGUGAAUAACCCUAGUAAAUAACUGAUAAGCCUAUUGUAAAGCGCUAAAGAACUUGCUGGCGCUAUAUAAAUAAUAGAAUAAUAAUAAGCCAAGUGUUAUACCACGCAUGCUGUAUUCAGGUUGUUAGAUGAUCAGUAAAAUUAAUCAGAAAUGUUAUUUUUAGUUAUUCUAUUUUUCUUUUUGUGAGGGCUAUUAGUAAUAUUGAGGUGCAGAAAGGGGAAAAAAACAUAUGCGUCAACUGCUGUUUUUUUUAAUUUAUUUUUUAUAAAUUAAAAAUAUAAAAGAAAAGUAUUCAGCAGUGAUGCACCUGCCGUCAAGAAGAGUUUCCUUUGUAUGCAGGGAGAAAAUUAUGGCACCAAGAACAGAGACAAUGCCUUCAACUUUAGUGUUACUGUAUACUGAUUUUAAAUUAUUUUUCCACCUUUAAAAUUCUCCCCUCAUAUCACACUUUAAAUUUGCCAGAUGGCAAGUUUGUUUUAACAGUUCUCAAUGAGAUAUGUGCUUGAUGGCAAUUUUGUUGGACCACUAGGAAAAUUAGUUUGUCUGAAAGAGGUAUGGCAGGCUCUAUUCAGGGAAGACCAUGCAAGGCACGCUUUUGAGAUACUCUGAUGAUCUUAAUGUCUUGAGGUUACUCUGUGCAGCACCAGCACAUCUAUUUAGAGACUUUUCCCUGGUGUUCCCAUAUAAAGGCACCAGGGAACAAACCCAGAACAGGAUAACAGAAUUAUAAAACCGGGACAGUUUUACAUACCAUAUUACACCAUACCUCCAAACUACAGAACCAUGAACACUAAAUUGAAGAUAUAUUUAUAGAGCUAAUUACUGGUUAGUAUGGGUGGCUCUUAAGAGGUUUAAGGCCACCUAUAGUCCUGAAAAUAAAAGGUUUUAGAUUCCCUUCUAUCACUGUGACCACUGUCCACCCCCCUUUUGCUGAUAAAUAAUAAAGUUGAAUAAACUUUCCAUCGCUGCAGCUGCCUACUCCUCCUCUGAUGACAUCAGAGUCUUCUGCGAUCUCGAGAUACACAUGCACAUCCAAACGCUGUGCACCAACAAUUAAAUGCUACUUUAUGUCAGGAUUAUAUUGAUCCAGCACGCAGAAUAGCAUCACACCCUAGAACUAAGAGUAACGUCUUACCGGGCCCUAGAAUGGCCAGGCUUAACGUACCCGAGAAUAGUCAGAAAACUAGCCGAGGUCAGGGACACAGAACUAGACACCGCGAUAAGGAAAAGCCAAAGGUCAAGGGUACCAGAAAUCAGGGAAGUCAAAACGAAGCCAAAGUCAAAAAACAGAAAAACACGACCAGGAACACACUUUCGGAUAACCAUCUAAGAGCAAUAAGACAAAGGAAUAAGUGAGUUUAAAUAAUCCUCUUGCAGAUCCGAUUGGCUGUACCUAGCCCUUGACCCCAAAAUGUGCGUGUGCGUCUUUUGCGUGACGUCACCCGCAUUUCGACGUCGUCUUUACCAUGGACGGACGUGGGCCCAUAUAAUUGCGUGGGCCCACAGCGGCCGGCGUGCACCGACAUGCCACACAAGCCAGGCAUCAUGGCAAAAGGCCACUGAGCGGCACUCUCCUCGAUCUUCGGAAGGUAAUUAUCUCUGUUUUUGCCACAUGGAUACGAAGGAUACUUGACACUAUGAUCAGCAGUUGAUUGCAGGCCCAGGUUUGAUUUGUUAGUUCUGGAAGUGGAAGCACAGUCAUUAGAGGUGUGCUUAACCCUUCGUUGUAAGUAUUGCUGUGUCCACAAAAUGCAAUGUUUUACGUUGCAGGGAUAAAAUGACAGGACCAGAUAGAUGCACGCAGAAUGAGUCUGAGUGACUUUCACACAAAUAGAAUUUUUAUAAGAAUACCUUUUUUUUUUUUUUGAAAGUGGUAACAAAUAUAUGUUCUAUACUUAUCUCUCUUAGUUCUGUAUGUGCCAAACCUUGCAUUUACUGUAUUUUAUUUCAACUUAAUGCAACGAUCUAAAUAUCUUUUUCAUAAUUGGUUAAACUCUCCUUUUAUUUCAGACAAUGGUGGGUGGUCAUUCUAAAAUUAGUUGUUAGGAACUGGGGAUGAUUAAAUUGUUGUUGAAUAUGAACACAAUUUUAAAGGAAUUCUAUAGCUUUAGCUUAAUGGAGCGGUUUUGGUGUAUAGAUGUUUUCAUUUUACCUUCUGCAGUACACAAUAAGCCUGCUUGGCCCCAAAAUCUUUCGCUUCCUAUUUUAUUUCUAUGUAGCCUCAGAAUGUACUACUUGAUUGCUUAAAGUGGUCCUAAUUUUUAUUUUUUUCCCCAGCAUUUAAAUUUUGGCUCUCAUUUUAUUUCCUUUACUGCAGCCAGUGUUAAUUUUGGCUGCAAAUUUAAAUUUAGUUUUAGUAUUUUGAUUAAAAAGCCAUUUUAGUUUUAAUCGACUAAAUCUCAAACAUUUUAGUUGACUAAAACUGUUAGUUGCUGACUUCAGUUUUCCUGGUCUCUUGAUUGACUCUUGAGAACAUCUCUCUCAAUUUUCAUGCUAGGUCGCUAUGCGGAGGACAUAUUUGGAGAGCUGUUCACUGAGGCAAGUCUUUUUGCUCACCGUGUUGGAACCCUGGGGGAGAGGGUGGAGAAGCUACAGGUCAAGGUGACACAGCUGGAUCCCAAAGAGGAAGAGGGUGAGUAAUAUGGUCAGAAACACAUCCCUCAGAAGUCAAAAAAUUGUCUUGCACAAUUUUGACAAUGCACAGAAUCAGUUUUAUAUAUAUUUAUUUUUUUUGUCACAUUUUAACAUUGUGUCUGUUGUGCUUAGUCUCUCUUCAGGGUAUAAAUACAAGGAAGGCGUUUCGCAGUAACACCUCACAAGAUCAACAGCUGUUCGUUCGUGACUCUCUGUCACUCCCUGUGCAUGAGACUUACAUCACCUGUAACAUGCCACCUCCACUUAAUAUCCUGUCACCUUACAGGUAUAAGGCAAAUGCUAAACAUAGAUGUUUAAUGGGUGUAAUUGAGAGCCUGGUUGUUUUGUAAUGCAAACCAGCAAUGUUUUUAUAUCUUACAUGUCUUGUCCCUUUAGUACAAAUCUCGAUCCUUUUGACUGCUGAAUCUUAUGUCUGUGAUUUAAAUUUUUCUUUUUGCAUGUAGGGAUGAUGGGAAGGAAGCCUUGAAAUUUUAUACAGAUCCAUCCUAUUUCUUUGAUCUGUGGAAGGAGCAGAUGUUACAAGAUACCAAGGAUAUCAUGAAGGAGAAGCGCAAGCAUAGGGUGAGACUUCCAUGGCACUUGGUGUAUUUUAAAGGGCGCACAGAAUUUGUAUUCAGAUAUACUUGAGCCAUGCUCAGCCAAGAAUUCUUUCUUGCAACCUAUAGUGUUAUUUGCUGCGUAUUUGCUGCGUAUCUUUACUACUGUUUUACAUUUUAUUUUCAGUUUUGAGUGUGGCCAUUGUUACUUUUGAGAGCAGCAGUAUAUGGGGAAACUAAGAAAGAAUUUAUGAGAAAACUGACAAUCAGCCAAACUGUAGUAACCUGCCCUUAAAAUAAUUUACACUUGGGCUCUGAUUUGGCUUCUAUACUUUUUCUUAGGAUCUACUGAAUUUUACAUGCUAAUCCAGACAAUUACUUUUCCUAUAAGGGUAUCUGCUUCGUGGCAAGGCUCAAAGUAGGCUGAAAUCUGAGAUUUAAUUCUCUUGUGCAGAAGGAAUUUGCUGGCAUUCCAGUUCUGGGCGUUUCUUGUGGGCAGCACUAGUCUGAUAUGCGAGUGUUAUGGGUUCCCUCUGUAAUGGCACAUGUGAGCUAAAUUGGUUUGAUACCUGAGUGGUGACUUAUUUGAUGUCACAGUGACCAAAUUUCAGUAGGAACUCCCAGAUCACUAAAUGAUUUUAGAAAUUGGUGAGCUUUAGCUCACGCUCUCAGCUUAUCACCAGCAACCCUGUGAAACCCUCCUCAUACUGCGAACUAACAAAACAAUAGAUAACACAAACUUUAACUGCUAUCAUGGUUACCAGUUCCUAAAGAGUGUUUUUUAACCACAAGAUUAUAUAGUCCUAUGCUGUUUUCAAUUUAAUACUUUAGCUAAUGAAUGUGGAUUAAUUAACGUGAUCAUAGACAUAGUUCUGAUCUACCUCUGCCGGCAAAUCAGUGCAUGCUUUUACAAAUGAUGUCAGCCCUGGGGUAAUAUAGCCCUGUAUCAAUGGUGAUCUAACCUUUCCCAUUGAUUAUUGCAUGGAGUUUUCAGUCAGCAUUUUAGUAUUCUACUAAGGUAGCCCUUUUUCCUUAUGUUUUAUAUCUCAAUGCAGAUAGAUUGCAUUCUUGAUUAGGUAGGGAUAGGGCAAGGCAUACUUUUAUUGCUUUAUUCUGUUGAGAGAAUAUAGACAGUCUCGAUUCUAUCUUAAGAAUAAAUGUGUGUGUUUUCAAAUUCCAUACUGCUUGGUGGGUGACGUGGCAUUUAGCAUCAAAAGUGAAUGCACUGUGUGACUGACAUUUUGCAAGCCAAGAACUACUAAUCAUACAUGUCCCUGCCUUCCCAAGAUUCAUGAGUUACAUUCCCAUGUAGUAGCUACCAUCAUUAAUUUAAACACUCUUUUAAUAUCAAUAUGCUGUGACAGAUUAUAAGGAAACAUAUUUGCGAUUUGCUGAGCCAUGAUUUAGGUAAAAUACCUUUUUGGAAAGAUUAUAAAAAAAAUAUAUAUAUGAUAUAGUGUGUGCAUGUGUUAUUCUUUUUUUGGGGUAUUACAUUUGUAUAGCUAUAUGUUUGCAUACAACUUUAAAAUUGCAUUUCACUAUAGCAGGGGUAGGCAACCUUUUAGCAGCACUGUGCCGAUAUAGGAUUGUGAUAUCCCGUAGCGUGCCGGUCCUAUUUUUUUUAAAAUUGCCGUGUGUAUGUUGCCGUCUUCUGCUUGUGUUAUUUUUACUGUAAUUGCUUUAUAUUGUUGUAUUUGUGCGUAUAUGAGCUAUUAUAUUGUAUAUGUUCAUUAGUAGUUGAUGGUAUCAUGUAUGAUACGUAUGAAUGUGGGCUGUGUAUGAGAGCUGCUUGUGGAAUUGUGUGUGGAUGGAUAUGUCACAUUGUGUGUUUGGUAGUGUGUGGGGGCUGUUUGGGGUGUUGCAUGUGAGAGGCUGCAUGUGGGGUUGUGUGCAUGUAUGUGGAUUGUUAGUGGUGUUGCGUUUGUGGGGAUUGUGUGUAUGUUUGUGUGUGGGCUGUUCAUAUUUGUAUGUAUCUGCAUUUCUGUGUAUAGUGGGGGCCAGGUACAGGUCAAGGACAGGAGUUGCAACAGUCGCUACGGGCUGCUCUACUACAGUGUGGACUCCUAUUUACAAGUGCUGGGAAGAAGUGAUCUGAGAUCACUUCCUCUAUGUUCUGCAAUGCAUAAAUUGAGGAUUGUCCUUCACCACCUCUUCGUAUUAGCAGAUAUCUGAAGUUUUACUGGGACUCCUGAUAGGCCAGAGCCUGUUUGGCUCGAGCAGCCUUGAGUGCCGUAGGUUGCCUACCCUUGCUCCAUAGUAUGAAAUGACAUCACGGCUUUAACAUGUCUUCCUCAUAUUUCCCACAGAGACUCAUUAACAGAGGUUUUUGCCUUCAGUGGGUGAUGCUGGGAUUAUUGGUUUUCUAGGUUUGCAGUUAGUAGAUUUUUAUGUACUGAAAGUGCAAUGAAAGGAACGUUGUGUGUUUGCGACCUGCAGGGAGGGGAUGCAGAGCGCACAUUCUCUUAUGCUGGGCCAACCACCAACCAUUCACUGUGUUGAAUGCAGGGGGAUUUGUUUUUGUGCUUUAUUUAUUUAAAUGCUAGUCUGAAUGCAAAUAGCUUUUUUGAAUGGGGGGUGGGGAAACACUGAGGUGCAAAAUAGACUGGGUUAAAAACAAACAAAAAAACAUUAAUUAUAGUAGGUUGUUCAAUAUAAAUAUAUGUUUUAUUUAUAUAUAUAUAUAUAUAUAUAUAUAUAAUAUAUAUUCAAUCCAAUUUAAAAAAAACAAUAAAAACUAAUGAUCUUUGGUAAGACAUGCCACUUUUAUGCAGAUGACAGCUGAAGUGGAAUAUAUAUAUAUAUAUUUUAUCCAAUAAAGGUGAAGUGAGAAUAUUGAAAAAGGUAUCAUUUCAUUGUGUGUGUGUGUGUAUAUGUAUGUAUAUAUAUAUAUAUAUAUAUAUAUAUAUAUAUAUAUAUAUAUAUAUAUAUAUAUAUAUAUAUAUAUUUAUUUCCUGGCCAUAUCCAUGGCAGCACAACAAUGGGUAGCUCCUCCCCUAUCCCUAGUUAGACAGGAACUAAUUAAAAUAAGGGUACAAAUACCCCCUCCUACCUCCUCCUCCCUCAGUCUUUUUGUUCCUGUCCUAUCCCUAUAGGACCAAAUUAGUCUAUUUUCAGGACUAUAACCACUUUUCUUUUAUGGCUUACCUGAGGGUUUUUACCUUCUGUCCUCAAGGAAGUUCAGCCUCUCUUCCUUGGGAAGCUUCAGUAUCCGGCCCUGUGCAAAGGUGUCCCCCUGAAGAUACCCCCUUAGUGACCGGGGGUUUUACUUGCAGUGACCCUAGGGGUAGCAAGAGAAAAAAAUGCCAAAUAACUCUGAUUCCCUGCAGUGACCAAGAGGUAGCAGGAAGUGGCAAGAAGACUUUAUCCUGGAUGGAUUUCUGCAUUUUACAACAGCCCACAUGUAUGUAUGUACAAAUACUUUUUACAAUAUAUACUGUAUUUGUUAGAUCAUAUGUGUGGGUUUUUUCCCCCCCCUACCUAUUAUUUCUGUGUACUUUUUCUUUCACGCCUUCUCGGCGUCCUGUUUGUCCGGGUGCGCAUGCGCGCCGUUUCGCGCGUGCACGUUUGUAUCGCGUGCACGCUAGCUUCAUUCGCGUGCACGCCGGGUCCGCGCGCACGCUAUACACCGCGCAUGCGUCUGGUCCCCAUGAGGCAGUUACAGUGCCUCCUACUCCGGAGUAGCUUCCGGGUUUGUGCCGCGCAUGCGCAGUUAACGAGCAAUGAAUUCGCUCGUUUUGAGCAUGCGCGGAUAGGCGGUGACGUCAGAUAUGACGUCACACGCCUAUUUAAGCGCCAAAGUUGAAUUAAAUUAUUACCUGAUGUCCUCAUUAGGUCUUUAGAGGACCUGUUUUCUUACAGUUCUCAAUUUGAAUUGCGUUUAUAUUUUACUGAAAAUCUGAAGGUAAGCUUUACUUCUUAAAGGUAUAUACACAUUUUUUUCAUUUCUUUACUCCUUUCUUUCUAUAACAAUAAGAAUUCCUUUUUUAGACUGUUCAUAAUCAACUCCAAAAUGGAAAAAGACAAAAGGAGAUCAAUUUCUUCUGAUUCGGACUCUUCUGGAUAUAAAAAUAGGUCACACUCUAAGAGUUAUAGGUAAGCCAUAUCACAUCAUUUUUUUCCCUUAUCCGGAAUAUGAUACAUGAAAUAAAAGAGUGCUAAUGUGAGAUAUUUCCCUAUCAUGAUAGUUCUACGGGAAAGAAAACAGUGAGAUCAUCCAAAGGAAAAUCUCCAAAGAAAAAUCAAUGCGAAGCCUGUAAUAAUAAACCGCUGGAAGGCAAACGGUUAUGCGCAGAAUGUUUAUCUGAAGCAGCUGGAACAUCUAAUCCUUCAAUGGAAUUUGUACAGUUCAUAAAACAAGCGGUGGCUCAAGGUAUCAAAGAAGCAGGGGCAAGUCACAAAAGACCCAGGUUACAUGAACCUUCGGAUUACCAACGUAAUGAUUCGUCAGAUGAAUCCAUGGAUAUGGAAUCAUACCAGGGGAAUUUCUUAUCUUCAGACGAAGAAGAAACUCAGGCCCCUGCAGAUUUUUUAGAACCUGCUCAGAUAGACCACCUCAUUUACAAAGUCCGUAAAUCUUUGAGCUUGAAGGAGGCAGUUGCAGAGCAGUCAACCUCUUAUCGUUAUUUCUCAGAUUUGAGAAAGAAAAGAGCUACCUUUCCAGUACAUGAUACUAUUAAGGAAUUAAUUAAAGACGAGUGGUCUAACACAGAUAAGAAGCUUUCAGCACAAGGCAGAAUAUCUCGCCUCUAUCCUUUUGACAAGUCUGAUUCAUACCAUUGGGAUAAUGCCCCUAAGGUAGAUGCGGCAGUAGUUCGACUCGCAAAACACACCACAUUACCAGUAGAUGAUGCAGGCUCAUUUAGACACCCAAUGGACAAAAAGAUGGAUCUGCAUCUCUCAAAAGCUUAUGUAGCAGCAGGGACUGGUUUUCACCCUGCAAUAGCCCUUACUUCAGUAUCCAGGGCCUUAAAAAUCUGGAUCGAAAACUUGGAAGAAGAUAUCAGAGAUGGGAGAAACAGAUCUUCUCUUCUGGAAAGAUUAAAUGAUAUUAAACUGGCCGUUGACUUUACCUCAGAAUCCUCAGUGGACAUGGUGAAAGCUUUAGCAAGAAACAUGGCUCUUUCAAUUUCAGCUAGAAGAGCUUUAUGGCUGAGAUCCUGGUCCGCAGAUUCAUCAUCAAAGUCUAGUCUAUGCGCCCUUCCUUUUCAUGGUGAGAUGUUGUUUGGUAAAAAUCUAGACGAGUGCAUCAAAAGAGCUGCAGAAGGUAAGAGAGCCUUUCUCCCACAAGACCGGAAAACCCGUGGAUCCUUUCGAGCCAGAAGAUACUCUGAAUACCCCUCUUUUCGUGAUACCAGAUCUUAUAAACCAGGAAGAGAAUAUGGAAGAUCCAUUCCAUGGAGAGGAGGUCAUUCAUCCAACAGAGGAGGAAAGUCUAGAGGUUCCUCAUUUCACAAGAAGCCUUUAUGACAAACCCACCUACCAUUCUGGAGGAGUAGGUGCCCGUCUACUUCUAUUCCAGAAUAUUUGGAAACAUUCAACUCAAGACAGAUGGGUGCUGGAUAUCAUACAGAGAGGUUAUCUUAUAGAAUUCUCCACAAGGCCGCCUCCUCGCUCCUUCCAGAAGACAAUCUGGCCAAGAGAUGUAGAAAAAAGAGAUUCCCUAAAAAAGUUUAUCUCAUCCCUUCAAGACGAUGGAGUUAUCGUUCAAGUUCCAAGAGCUCAACAAACACAUGGGUUUUACUCCCAUAUCUUUCUCACCAGAAAAUCCACAGGGGGAUGGAGACCAAUAUUAGACCUAAGCAGACUAAACAAGUUCCUAAACAUAAGGAAAUUCAAGAUGGAGUCUCUUCAAUCCAUUGUAAAAGCAGUUUUUCCAGAUCAAUGGCUCAUGUCAAUAGACCUGGCAGACGCAUAUUUCCAUAUUCCCAUAGCACCCCAGCAUCAAAAAUUCCUCAGAUUCGCUGUAGAAGAGGGUCAUUUUCAGUUCCGGGCUCUCCCUUUUGGGCUAAGCACUGCUCCGCGUACUUUCUCAAAAGUUCUGGUGGUUCUCAUCGGAGAACUCAGGAAGAAAGGCAUUGCAGUAUAUCAUUACCUCGACGACAUCUUGAUUCUGGCAGAAAACAGAGAUAUAUUAGAAGAUCACGGCCUGAUAUGUAUACAGUAUCUUCAACAACACGGAUGGAAGAUCAAUUUUGCCAAAAGCAACCUAAAGCCAUCCCAGAGCAUGAUAUAUCUAGGAGCAGCAUUCAACACUGCAGAAGGUUCCGUCCAACUGUCCCCAGAAAGGGGUAUGAAAAUUCGGAAAAAGGUCAAAGACAUGUUAGCAUCCAGUGUUUCCUCAGCAGAGACAACUAUGAGCCUCCUGGGAUCAAUGUCCUCCACCAUAGGACUUACGAGAUGGGCCCAAUGGAGAAUGAGGCCUUUCCAAAGGAAUUUCCUUUCUCAAUUCAAGGGCAAUCUGUCUCAACCUAUAGUGAUCCCUCCUCACGUACAAAAAUCCCUGAAGUGGUGGACCCAGAAAGAAUCUCUCUUCAGAGGUUAUCCCUUAGGAAACAUUCCAUGGAUCAUCAUCACCACAGAUGCCAGUCAAUGGGGCUGGGGAGCCCACCUUCAAGACAACUAUGUUCAGGGGAAAUGGGCAUUUUCAACCUCCGACACCCCUUCAAAUCUUCUAGAACUUCUGGCAGUUUUCAAGGCUCUAAUACACUUCCAGCAACUUUUACUUCACAAAUGGGUCAAGAUCAGGACAGACAAUGCCACAGUUGUGGCAUAUAUAAAUCACCAAGGAGGGACAAGAAGUUGCAGAAUGAUGAAACUUAUGAAACCUUUGAUGGCCUGGGCUCAAAUGAAUUUGGAGAAUAUCUCUGCAAUACAUCUCCCAGGAACUCAGAACUCUGUGGCAGACUUUCUCAGCAGGGUGAGAUUAGACCCGGGAGAAUGGAGUCUAUCAGACAUCAUAUUUCUACAGAUCGUAGAAAAAUGGGGCCUUCCCCAGAUAGAUCUAAUGGCUACAAGCAACAACAGAAAAGUCAAGAACUUCUUUUCGAGAAUUCCAGAUCCCCAGGCCAUAGGAAGAGACGCAUUGACAUGCAGUUGGAACUUCAACCUGGCUUAUGCCUUUCCUCCGAAACCCCUCAUCUUCCCUCUGCUAAGGAGACUACGACAAGAGAAGACAUCACUGAUUCUAAUAGCCCCUUUUUGGCCUCGCAGACCUUGGUUUCCGCUCCUACUAAGUCUGUGCAAGAAGGAUCCAUGGCGCCUUCCAGUUGUCCCAUUCCUGUUACAUCAGGGUCCAAUUCAUCAUCCAAACCCAGCAUCCCUUCAUCUGAUGGCAUGGUACUUGAAAGGGAUGGGUUAAAGAACAAGGGAUUUUCGAGAUCAGUUAUCGAGACACUUCUUCAAGCAAGGAAGAAGUCCACUUCAUCCACUUACUACAGAAUAUGGGAUGUAUUUUCUUCAUGGGCCAGUUCAAGGCCCUUUGAUAUGUUGAACCCUUCAACUACUGACAUUCUUGAUUUUUUACAAUCAGGUCUAGAGAAGGGAUUGAGUUAUAACACUCUAAAAGUGCAUGUUUCUGCCCUCUCUGCUUUAACUAAUCAUAGAUGGGCACUGGAUCCAGACAUAGCUAGAUUUUUGACUGCAGUCCUCAAGAUCAAGCCACCCAUUAAGUCUAUUACUCCGCCAUGGGAUCUCCCUCUGGUCCUGAAGGCUCUUAAAGCAGAUCCUUUUGAACCUAUGGCAUCUAUUUCCUGUCAUCUUCUCACGAUCAAGACAGUUCUACUAGUAGCCCUAGCCUCUGGUAGAAGGGUUUCUGAUCUUCAGGCUCUUUCGGCUCGAGAACCUUUUACUAUAUUUCAUAAGGACAGAGUCAUCCUGAGAACGGUUCCAGAAUUCCGCCCUAAGGUAACUUCAGAGUUCCAUAUGAAUGAAGAAAUAAUCCUUCCAGCAUUAAGUACAGAAGAAUCUAAUAACAGGGAAGACGCUGAUGAUGAUGCUAUCGACCUAGUAAGAUGUCUUAAGAUAUAUAUACAAAGAUCCUCAGAAUGGCGUAUUUCGGAAAGGCUUUUUGUUAUUCCUAAUGGCCCUAGGAAGGGUCUGCAAGCUUCGAAAGCCACUAUCAGCAGAUGGAUAGUUUCGGCCAUUAUCCAAUCUUAUAGAUCAUCUAAAACUAGUGUUCCUGAAGGUUUGAAAGCUCAUUCUACACGUUCCCUUUCUUCAUCCUGGGCAGCUGCAGCAAAGGUUUCUACAGAACUGAUUUGCAAAGCAGCCACUUGGUCAUCUUCUAAUACAUUUAUUAGACAUUAUCGUUUAGAUGUAAGAGCUGGCCAAUACGAUGGAUUUGGCAGAUCAGUUCUUUCUGCCUCAAAGGAUUAACUACUAUUCUUUUUGUUCAUCACAUUGAGUUGUUUGUGACAAUACACUUGCAUUAUAUAAUAAUGUGUCUGAGUUUUUCUUUCCCUCCCUUGGUUUUAGCUUGGGUAUUACCCAUUGUUGUGCUGCCAUGGAUAUGGCCAGGAAAGAGAUAAAUUUACUCAUACUUACCGUAAUUUUCUUUUCCUGGUCAUAGGCCAUGGCAGCACAAAGGUCCCACCCAGGGAUAUUGCUGUUAACUAGACUGAGGGAGGAGGAGGUAGGAGGGGGUAUUUGUACCCUUAUUUUAAUUAGUUCCUGUCUAACUAGGGAUAGGGGAGGAGCUACCCAUUGUUGUGCUGCCAUGGCCUAUGACCAGGAAAAGAAAAUUACGGUAAGUAUGAGUAAAUUUAUCUCUAUAUUUCCUGGCCAUAUCCAUGGCAGCACAACAAUGGGUUAGCUCCUCCCUAUCCCUAAUUAGACAGGAACAGAAUUAAAAUCAGGGGUAUAAAUACCCCCUCCCACCAAUGGUCCCUUAGGAACAUUCCCUGCAGUAACCAAGCGGUAGCAGGAAGUGGCAGAAGAACCUCAUCUACAGAAGAUUCUUCUUACCUUUACCUGGCAGGCACAGUAAGUUUUAAUGCAUUUAUUGUGUAUUAUUGUACUUAUGGCUGUCAGGUUUUCCCCCUUCCACCUCUUUUGUAUGUGCCAUAGAUUUUGUAUUUUUUUUUUUUCCUUUAUCCUUCCUUCUCCCCUUUUCCCCUUUAAAAUUUGAUUUUACCGGGCUUGCCGCCAUCUUGUCGGCGUCUUCCCGGUCCCCCGCGCAUGCGCGGUCCAGCCGCCACGUCGUGGCUUCUUCCACGCAUGCGCGGACCGGUAGCUACGUCUGGUACGCCUCCGCGCAUGCGCGGAUUAGGGGGCACGUCGUGCGAACUUCCGCGCAUGUGCGGAGUAUUGUGCACAUGCGCGGAGUGUUCUUCCGGGUUCGCGGUGACGUCAUCAGUGACGUCACUCGCCACCUUUAAAAAGGCGCCAAGUUUGAACUUUCUUACCUGUUUCAGGUUGCCUGGACUCUGGGGAGCUCUUGCAGCAUCUUUUGUUCCAGUUUUGUUCGAUUUUUCAAACCUCCAGUUUCUGUUGCUCAGCUAUGGGUUUAUUUCUUAAAGGCACAUUCCCCUUUUUUCACAGAUUGAGUUUUUAUGCUUUUUUGAGUAUAAAUAUUUCCUUCCUAUAUUAUGACAGGGAAGAUGGACAAAUCUUUCUCAUCAGACUCUGAGGCUUCCAUUCAUAAACAAAGGUCACAAUCCAAAGGUUAUAGGUAAGCCAUUAUUUUUCUCUCUCUCUAUCUAGACCAAACAAAAAGAGUGCAUGGUUUAAUUAUAUUUCCCUAUUAUGUCAGCUCUAUGGGAAUUAAAGCAUCCAGAACUUCCAAAGGCAAGUCGCCUAUGAAGAAGAGAUGCGAAGCCUGCAGCAAUAAACCUCUGGAAGGCAAGCGUCUCUGCGCUGAAUGCCUCUCUACAGCCGCAGGCACUUCCACUACUGCCCCUACUCCAGAUAUGAUGGAGUUUAUUAAACAAGCGGUCUCCCAGGGCAUCAGAGAAGCUGGCAAGUCCCACAAGAGGCCAAGAUUCGCUGAACCCUUGGGGUUUUCUCAGGAAGAAUCCUCAGAUGAGUCCUUAGACUCCUACAGGGACGGGCUAUCCUCCUCUGAAGAAGAAUCUUAUGCCCCAGAAUUCAUGGAGCCUGCUCAAGUUGAUCAUUUAAUAGCCAGAGUGCGCAAAUCCUUGAGUCUCAAGGAAAUUUCCCCUGAGCAACCUUCUACUUCCAGUAGAUAUUUUGCUGAUCUGAAGAAAAAGAGAGCUACGUUUCCAGCUCAUGAGACAAUCAAAGAACUGAUUGAAGACGAGUGGUCUAAUACUCGUAAGAAACUGACCUCUCAAGGCAGAGUUGCUCGUCUUUAUCCAUUUGAGAGAAAAGACUCCAGCUGUUGGGAUUCGACUCCUAAGGUAGAUGCGGCCAUAGUAAGACUGGCCAAACACACUACUUUACCAGUUGACGACGCAGGUUCAUUCAGAGAUCCCAUGGAUAGGAAAAUGGAUCUGAACCUCACCAAAGCUUACGUGGCUGCAGGCACAGGCCUCCAUCCAGCAGUUGCUCUUACCUCAGUUUCCAGAGCUUUAAAGAUCUGGAUGGAAAAUCUAGAGGCAGACAUCCAAAGAGGCAGGAGCAGAUCCAGUCUUCUAGAAUGCCUAAAAGAUAUAAAGCUUGCAGUAGACUUUACGUCUGACGCUUCGGUGGAUCUGGUUAAAGCUUUUGCCAGAAAUAUGGCCCUCUCCGUUUCAGCCACAAGGGCUCUAUGGUUAAGGUCCUGGAUAGCAGAUACCUCUUCUAAAUCUAGUUUAUGUGCCUUACCUUUCCACGGCGACAUGUUCUUUGGGAAAAACUUGGAUGAAUGUAUUAAAAGAGCAGCUGAAGGCAAGAGAGCUUUUCUCCCACAGGAUCGUAAACCCAGAGGUUCCUUUCGAUCCAAAAGAUAUCCAGACUAUUUUUCCUUUCGAGAUGCCAGAUCUUACAAACCAGGAAGAGAGCAUGGUAGAUCCCAGCCUUGGAGAGGUGGACAGUCAUCCAGAGGCGGUAAAUCUAGAGGCACCUCAUUCCACAAGAACCCCAGAUCUUUAUGACUGGUUUCCCCCCCAGUCAGUAGGUGUGGGGGCACGUCUGUUGCUCUUCCAAGACGUAUGGGAAUUAUCCACCACAGACAGAUGGGUGUUGGAUAUCAUAAGAAGGGGAUAUCGUUUAGAAUUUUUCAGAACCCCUCCAGCUUACUCCUUUCAAACUACCAAAUGGCCAGGAGACGCAGCAAAAAGACAGGCCUUGAAAGAUUUCAUCUCGACGCUCCAGGAAGGAAAUGUCAUCAUUCCAGUUCCUCAGCAACAACAAGGUCAAGGGUUUUACUCUCACCUGUUUCUCACCAAAAAAGCUUCAGGUGGUUGGAGACCUAUCUUAGACUUAAGCAGGCUGAAUCGGCAUCUCCUCAUCCGAAAGUUCAAGAUGGAAUCUAUUCAAUCCAUCAUAAAGGUCGUCUUUCCACUCCAAUGGAUGAUUUCUAUAGACUUGGCAGACGCUUAUUUCCACAUCCCCAUCACUCCAGAACAUCAGAAAUUCCUUCGGUUUGCGGUGGAACAAGGGCAUUUUCAAUUCCGAGCCCUGCCGUUUGGUCUCAGCACAGCUCCAAGAACAUUCUCCAAGGUCUUGGUUGUUUUGAUUGCGGAACUCAGGAAAAAGGGCAUAGCCAUUUACCAUUACUUAGACGACAUCCUCAUCUUGGCAGAAGACACAGAUACCCUUCAGACCCAUGGACAGGUUUGUCUACGUUUUCUACGCCGUCAUGGUUGGAAGAUAAACGAGAACAAGAGCCAAUUACAGCCGGUUCAGGAGAUGAAAUAUUUGGGGGCCAUAUUCAACACUCUAGCAGGCACAGUGCAACUGUCUCCAGAAAGAGGUACGAAGUUGAUGUACAAAGUCAAAGACAUGUUGGCAUCCAAUGUGACCUCAGCAGAAAGAUGCAUGAGCCUAUUGGGAUCAAUGUCCUCCACCAUCGGGCUGACAAAAUGGGCCCAAUGGAGGAUGAGGAUUUUCCAGAAAAACUUCAUCCUUCAAUUCAGAUCGAAAAGUCCUCUUCAGCCUAUCAAGAUUCCACCUCAGGUCCAUCAAUCUCUGAUUUGGUGGUUACAGAAGAAACCCUGCUCAGAGGGUUUCCAUUGGGGAACAUCACAUGGACAGUUAUUACCACGGACGCAAGCCAGUGGGGAUGGGGUGCCCACCUGCAAGAUCAGUUUAUCCAAGGGAAAUGGUCCUUUCCAGUAACAGAGACUCCCUCCAACCAAUUAGAGCUUCUGGCAGUUCUAAAGGCUCUAGAGAAUUUCCUUCCCCUCAUACGCUUCAAGUGGAUCAAGAUCAGAUCAGACAAUUCCACUGUAGUUGCCUACAUAAACCAUCAAGGGGGAACAAGGAGUCGGAAAAUGAUGUCCAUCAUGAAGCCCCUAAUGUCCUUCUCCCAGAAGCAUCUUGCGGGCCUAUCAGCGAUCCAUCUUCCGGGAGUCCAGAAUUCCAUAGCGGAUUACCUGAGCAGAGUGGAAUUAGAUCCAGGAGAAUGAAGUCUGUCAAACAAGGUGUUCGAAGACAUUUCUCAAGUAUGGGGCAUGCCACAAGUCGACCUUAUGGCACAAGAACAGGAAGGUGCAGCACUUCUUUUCAAAAAGCAUCGAUCCCCAAGCAUCAGGAAGGGAUGCUCUUUCAAUCGAUUGGGAAUUUCACCUAGGCUACGCAUUUCCUCCUACGCCCCUCAUCUUUCCUCUUCUGAGACGAUUGAGGCAGGAGAAGGUAUCCAUCAUCCUCAUAGCCCCCUUUUGGCCUCGCAGGCCGUGGUUUCCUCUGUUGUUGAGCCUCUGCAGCGCAGACCCCUGGCAGCUUCCAAAUAUUCUGUCCCUUCUACAUCAGGGUCCUGUCCUCCAUCCAGACCCUGCCUCCCUCAAGCUGAUGGCAUGGAAAUUGAAAGGGAAAGGUUGAACUGCAAGGGAUUUUCCCAUUCUGUCAUUGAAACUCUACUGCAAGCAAGGAAACGCUCUACAUCUUCCACUUACUACAGAAUCUGGGACGUUUUUUCCUCCUGGGCUGCAUCCAACCACAGGAAUAUUCAGUCUAUCUCCACCAAGGAGAUCCUUGAAUUUCUACAAUCCGGUCUUGAUAAGGGUCUAAGCUACAAUACCCUGAAGGUACAUAUUUCAGCUCUUUCGGCCCUUACGGACCAGAGAUGGGCCUUAAACUCAGAUGUGAUCAGAUUUAUGGCAGCAGUUUUGAAAAUCAAGCCUCCUAUCAAGCCCUUCGCUCCACCAUGGGAUCUUCCCUUGGUAUUAAAGGCCCUGAGCAAUUCUCCUUUUGAACUUCUUGAAUCCAUCUCUCCUCAGGUACUCACCAUUAAGACGGUUCUAUUGGUGGCCUUAGCCUCAGGUAGACGAGUGUCUGAACUCCAUGCCUUAUCUACGAAAGAGCCCUUUACAGUUUUUCAUAAGGACAGAGUUGUUUUACGAACGGUUCCCGAAUUUCGUCCUAAAGUGGUGUCAGCUUUUCACAUCAACGAAGAUAUAAUACUCCCGGCUCUUCAUUCGGAGUCUUCUACUGAGAAUGAGGAAUCUCUGCCUUCUCCAUUGGAUCUUGUUCGAUGUCUGUCUGUCUAUCUACAAAGAUCUUCAGCCUGGCGGAUCUCUCAAAGGCUAUUCGUUAUCCCCAACGGCCCCAGAAGAGGCCUUCAGGCUUCUAAGAUGGCCAUCAGUAGAUGGAUUGUUGCCGCCAUCGUUCAGGCUUACCAAGCCUCAAAGACGAAGGUUCCGGAGGGGCUCAAGGCUCACUCCACAAGGUCCCUUUCCUCAUCCUGGGCAGCAGCUGCUAAUUUGUCACCCGAGCUGAUUUGCAAAGCAGCCACUUGGUCUUCUCCAAACACGUUUAUUAAGCAUUACCAGAUUGACGUUAAAGCCAGCCAAUCGGACUCUUUUGGCAAAUCAGUCUUAUCCGCAGUCAACUCUUCUUGAUUGAUUUCUAUUGCACGUGUGAUUUCUAAUACACCAGCAUUUAAAAAGGUUCUUGAGUCUGUGUUUCUUUAUUCCCUCCCUUGGUUAUUGCUUGGGUAUUACCCAUUGUUGUGCUGCCAUGGAUAUGGCCAGGAAAGAUGAAAAUUUAUCCAUACUUACCGUAAUUUUCCUUUCCUGGUCAUAGGCCAUGGCAGCACUUAGAUCCCGCCCUGGGAUAUUGCUGUUAACAAGACUAAGGGACCAUUGGUGGGAGGGGGUAUUUAUACCCCUGAUUUUAAUUCUGUUCCUGUCUAAUUAGGGAUAGGGAGGAGCUAACCCAUUGUUGUGCUGCCAUGGCCUAUGACCAGGAAAGGAAAAUUACGGUAAGUAUGGAUAAAUUUUCAUCUAUAUCACACGCUACGGAAUUUGCUGGCGCUAUAAUAAUAAUAUAUAAUUGGAUCAAUUUAUAUAUAUAAAUAUAUGCAGCUCUUGCAUGCGCUGCUCUGCUGUUUUGUUUUUUUCUUUUCUUUUCUUUUUAACUAGCUUAUUGACUCUCCUCUGUUUGUUUAUUUACUUUUUCUGUCUAUUCUCAACCAACUUGCACCUUUAACUUUCAGGCACAUCUUCUGCUAUUUAUGACACCCCACUCACUCCCUCCCCUUCUCUAACAUCAGUUUUAAGUGUUAAACUCUAUCAUAUUGUUCAGUAUUGUUUCAGACCUGAGGAAAACUCUUGAAAGCUUGUCUUUGAAAUAUUAUGUUAGUCCAAUAAAAAAUGUAUCAUACUGAAAUACUCUGGUAUUUUGGCAUCUUGUCUAAUACGGCUAAUCCAAUCUACAGUGUGUGUGUGUGUAUGUAUGUAUAUAUGUGUGUAUGUAUAUAUAUAUAUAUAUAUAUAUAUAUACAUACACACACACUCUAGAGCUGUGUGUGUAUAUAUAUAUAUAUACACACACACACACACAGCUCUAGACUUUGAGGCCUUAGGCGAAACUCAAACAUGAGGCCCCACUAACAAAAAAGUGUCACAUUGAUGCACAGUUUACUUGUGUAUGUGCCUGAGAGUGUGUCUGACAGAGAGUAUCCUUGUGUGUAAAUGUAUGUCUCUGUGAGCAUGUUUGCGUUUUUGUCUGAGAUCCUAUGUGUAUGGGGUAGCUGCUUGAAGUGUGUAUGGUGGUGGGGGAGGUGAUGGUGAGAAGGAGAGGCGGGUGAUGUUAAUGUGAGAAGGAGGGGGAGGUGAUUGUGAGGUGGUGGGGAGAGUGAUGCUGAGGGGGGUGAUGCUGAGGGUGGUGGGGGAGGUUGAGGGUGAAGGGGGGUGGUGAGGCUGAGGGUGGUGGGGGAGGUUGAGGCUGAGGGUGAAGGGGGUAGUGAGGCUGAGGGUGAAAAGGGGGGGUGAGAGAGCCUACCUUCAUUCCUGGUGGCCACUGCUUCCGUAGAGCUGCAGACCAUGUAAUCUCGCGAGAUGACACAUGGUCUGCAGCUCUGCACACUGCGGAGCUGCAGACCUGUGUCUGCGUUGGUGGCCGGGAAGACAGGAGGGGCCUCGCACCCGGCGGCAUACCGGGCAAGCCGCCGGGCCCCCUCCUGGUGUCAGGUCCUCGGUCACUGACAGAGAACCUGACACAGGCAGUUUAGGCGGCCGCGAGGCUUUAGGCGGCCGCCUAAACCACCUAAUUAGAGAGCCGCCUCUGUGUGUGGUAUAUUUUUAUAUAUAUAUAUAUAUAUAUUUUCUUAUGCUUCAUGCUGGGGCAGAAGCCCAGACACUUUAUAAAAGUGCAAGCUAAGUUACCCCUAAAAGCAUUUCAGCAAGCUGAAAUGCUUUAGAGCAGGCAUCUCAAUCUCUGGUCCUCGAGAUGUUGAAAUAUUAUUUUGAGAGAGACUGUGCUCCUCUUGCACAUACAUUUUUCAGGUAGAUUAUUUAGUGAGAUAUAGCUAGUAACUGUAUGUCUGUAAUACUCCUUAUAAGAAGAAAUCAAUGUAAGGUGCUAGUGAAUAUGUUCCAGGGAUGUGUAGUGGUUUUGGAUUACGUGACUAUUAUUGAAGUUGGUCUCAGCAGCCCACAUUUUUUGCUUUUAAACUUUGAUAUGUGAGGCAUUUUUAACAUUCAGAACUAAAAAGUGAAUCUGUUUUGGGUUAAUUUUUAAAUUUUCACUAUUUAUGUAGAAAUGUAUUAUACGUAAAUCCGGGGUGGGGGUUUCCUAUUUUUAAACUAUUUUAUUUGCAUGUAAUUUUGUACUUUGCAUACCUAUAGAGAAUCAGAAAAAAGCCCUAUCUGUCACAACAAACACACAACAAUAAAUAAGUAUGGCUGCACGGAACUAGCAAACAAAUAGCAAAAGUGGCAAAAAGGCCUUAGUCAUGAAUGCACAGAAGUUCAUUAAAGUCUGUAAGUCAUGAAAGAGUUAAUGCAAUACAGUAGCUGUUUAAAAGUGUUUUCUCAUAGAGUAAACAAACUGUGCUCAAAUUUGUAAAUUGAUUACACCGGGAAAAUGUACCAAAGCUGUGACCUUGUGAAGUUACAAAUCUUUAAUCUCUAUACUGUGCAGAAAGUAGUAACCUGACGUUUUAAUUAUAUCUGGUGUUUAUGCAGAGAGAGAAGAAAGACAAUCCCAAUCGUGGAAACGUGAAUCCUCGCAAGAUCAGAACUCGAAAAGAUGAAUGGGAAAAAAUGAAAAUGGGACCAGAAUUUGUGGAAGCUAAAGACAAGCUUUUGAAUGCAGGGUAAUAAUUUGUGUAUAAUGUGUAUAAAAUGCAUAUGCAGUGCUGAGAAACAAAGCAAAAACUUAAUUUUUUUUUUUUUUUUGUACUGUGCUCCCUAGUACUCAAAAUGGAUCUGUUCAUUCCAUUGAUGGUAUGGAUGUGAUUCAGUAUCCGCCACCACCUCCAUAUGAAGACUCUUCGCCAAGCCCUCCUCCAGUUCCUGAUGACUCUCUGCCACCUCCUCCCAUGGACUUUAGGUAAGAAUUAGGCUUUCAGUCACUGCAGGUCAAACCAUGCAGGUGCGUUUUAAGUGCUGUGUAACAGUUUAUAAUUAUUCCCUUACAUUUUAUAGUAUGCCUCCAUCUUCAAAUCGUGCAAGCCUGGUUAGCCCUGCACAUCCACCUCCAGCUCCACCCAUUGGUUCCCCAAUGGGGGGGCGACCAAGUUUCUCUCCUCCCCCUGCUCCUCCUCCCCCACCUCCUUCUGGUGUACUUCCUGACCCAUCCUACCUUCCUCCCCCAUCCCCACCUGCUUGUCCUUCUAUCCCUGGAUUUCCUGCUCCUCCCCCUCCUCCUGUUCCUACUCUAAUGGAUUAUCCUCCCCCUUCUCCUCUCUCUCCUGCACCACCACCACCUGCAGGAGGCCCUCCACCCCCGCCCCCACCACCUCUUCCACCACCUCCACCAGGUCCUCCACCUCCUGGCCCUCCCCCCCCUUCUUCCUACAUGAAACCUGAAGGAGAAUCUUCAUCAGCCAGUUUGAAGCCAAAAGCUGCUCCUGCACCUGUAAGCGAUGCUCGGAGUGAUCUUCUGUCAGCUAUCCGUCAAGGUACUUUAAAUUUUACCACUCUAUGGGCUUUUAUGCUUGCUCUUAUGUUUUUAUCCUCUUUACAUUUUUAUGAAAUCUCUCUUCUGUUUCCACUUUGCUAUCAUACCAAAAACACAUAAACUAAUCUAUUGUAUCCUACCUCCACUUCCUGCACAUUUCCCUUUCCACUGUGUGCCUCAUAAAAUGGUCCUGCCUCAUUUUUCGCCUGUGGGUAAUUUUUAUUUUUUAUUUUCCCUGUCUUUAUCAUUGCUGUCCCUUUUUCUUUUUAGGAAUGAACAAAAGAAUGAACUAUUCUUUGUGCCAUCAAUGGUUGCAUUCAUUCUUGACAUGCAGAAAUAUACUCCACUAUUUCAGCUGUUAUUACUCUCACUUUUUUUCAUUAUUAACACAUGAAGUAUGGUAGUUUCCAAUACAGUCUUACCUAUGCACCCCUACCACUCUUCUCUGACAUUGUCUGCGUCCUCAGUUGCAUCUUGUCUUUCCAUCAUGACCCAUGUUGUCUUUAUUUCUACCCUUUAGGUUUCCAGCUGCGUAAAGUGGAGGAGCAACUGGAGCAUGAGAAGAAGGACAUCGGAGGCAAUGAUGUGGCCACAAUCCUUUCUCGACGCAUUGCAGUGGAAUACAGUGACUCAGAGGAUGACUCUUCUGAAUUUGAUGAGGAUGAUUGGUCUGAUUGAGGAUGGGGAUGGAAAUGCACUGUUUGUAACUGAUGACAAAAUGGGAUAAUGCAGCUAUGGGUUAGAAGUGAGAUUUGGGAUUUGCAAAUCAAUUGGAGGCUUAAAUAUUAUAUCUGAUAUUGUCACCAUAUGUUUAUUGUUUUGGGGUGCAUACCAUAAAUAGGUGAAUUUUCAACAAACAGGUGCCCUUUGUCUAAUGACGUUCAGCAUUGGGGCAUUAAAACAUUCCUAAAUAAAUCAUAACGACAUUUUAAUUUGUGUAUUCCCUCUCUGCCCCUCUCUGACUUCCUGGAGGUCUAGCAGUAAUUCCAUAGCAUACAAGAAAACAUACCCAGUUGUUAGUGACGAAGGUUAUAUACUUUUAGUUUUAUUACAGUUUUGGCCUACAGAUUGAAAAAUAAUGAAAUAAUCUGAGAAUGAGAACAAUACCACUCUGUGCCUUGAUUUGCCUUCAGCCGUUUUCAGGAACCAGUUCACUAUAAACACAACUAGCUUAUUUAAAUAUCCAGUUUAAAUGGAAAACCACUAGUUACACUUCCGUAUAUUAUAAUCAUUAAAUAAUGUUCAGAAGUAUUGUGAUUAGAGGAACGCAAUAUUUAUGUUCAAAAGUGAGACAAAAUUUUUAUAUAUGGCUAUCUGUAUAAAGUAUACAUACUUUAUACACACGGAACAACAGUGUAUUUGUGUAACUAGUGCUGCCUUAGUGUUUGUCAACUUGAUAAUUAGACAUUUGAAAUUCUGGUGCAUGAUAUAGAUGAGUUAACAUACAGAACCUGCACUCUUAUGUGUAUUUCUUGGGAAAGUGCCACCCUGUGGUAUUUUUUUACAUAUAUUCGCUGUUUCAGAUUGACAUACAUUUAUUUACAGUGACAUUUCUUUUGUGUCCUCAUGUGAAAUCUAAUAAAAUAGUUUUUUUUAAUAACUGAUCAGGUGAGUUAGAAAAUAGUUUUACAACAUUUAUGCAUUCCAGUGCUUAACAAAUACACACAAUAAUAACAUGGGUUGACGGUUAGUUUUGCUGAAAAGCAAGUCUGUCUAAAUCUAUUAAAACGUAGUCUAUGCAAAAAAAAAAAAAACCAAACCUUUUAACAAUUCCACUUUUUUUUGUGUGUGUUUGUUGAUAUAUGCAUAUCACACAUGCAAAACUACAAUACACUGUUAAUUGAAAAAGAAUAUGCUUUAAAAAGGUUUUUUGCGGGGACAAUAUAAGCACCUAAACAACGUUAACUUAACAAAGUGGAUUUGGUGUAUAGGCCCGGCCCAUGUAAUCUAACUGCUCAAUUCUCUUGUCACACCUUCCCUGCAAGUGACCCCAUAGUCUUCCCACAAAUUUCCUGUAAACAGAGAUCUAAUGUUUAAACUUACUUUUACACAGUCUGUUUAUUUCAGAAUGUAUCCUGCUCCUGCUCAGUAAUAGCCUCCUAGAACCUGCAGGAGCCUCCUGUGUGUUUUUUAAAGUUCAGUUAACCGAAAGGAAAUAAAGUAAACACACCGUGCUGUCACAUCUGAUUGAUAAAAAUAAAACAUUCAUGUAGACUGUGUAAAUUAUAGCCCGGGAGGUGUAGCCAGGGCUGCAUACACCGUAACAAAAGUGAUUUAACUCCUAAAUGGCGGAGGUUUCAACCAUGAGACUGCAGGGGCCUGAUCUAUGCACGAAGACUGCUUUAUAAAGCUAAAGUUGCAUUGGUGCCUAGAGUGUAUCCCUUUAAGUUGGUUAAUAUAUUGAAAUAAGUGCCUUAAUAGAGCAAUGUUUGGUAUCAAGUGCCAUAUUUAGAGUUGAAAAUACUGCAAUGUUUGCUUGACAUUUAUAAAGUGCUUUUGAGUGAUUUUUUUGCUAUAAAUAUUUACGGAAAACGGUUAUAUAUAUAUAUAUAUAUAUUCUGUAUGAAUACACUCUUUAAAAUCUUUAUAUAAAGACUUAAAUUACCUAUAUUUUGUGUUUGUCAUUCAUUGGCAAUAUAUUAAUUCCGUCUACAAAUGUUGUGUCAUAUCUCUCCCUAACCAUACAGAAAACAGUUACUGUGACUUUGUACCCCAUCAUUUUGGCUUUUCUUCACGUGGGUACUUGACUGCCAUUUUUUCUAUUUCUGUCACAUUUUUACCUUGUGUUAGAUGAAAAAGCUUAAACCUCUGUAUUGUCUGGUUUUGCCACCCUCUCAUGGGGCAAAAACAUCAAUGAGAAAAGCUUUUGUCAAUAGCAAUUGACUUGUCUUGCUUUUGAGUAGAGGGCUAUUUCAGAGCUAUAGUAUACAUUAAAGUCACC